CUCUUACCUCUCUACUCAAAAACCAGGGUAUCUGUAACUCUCAAUCUUUCUUCUACAAACACCAUACCACCACCACCAUGAACCAAGGAGUGUUGCAGAGCUCAUCUGUGCAACAGCUGAUGGCCGGAAACCACCCUGACUGGUGGAGCAUCAACACCAUGCGGUCACCACCAACUCAUCAUCAACAGUCACCACCAACUCAUCAUCAACAGUCACCGUCUGCUUUCUUCCCCCAGCCGCCACCGCCACCUGCUUUCUUCCCUCAAUUCAUCCCUACCUCCACUUCUUCUUGGCAUGAUAACCAGGAGCUUCCCGAGUCAUGGACUCAACUACUCUUGGGAGAAGAAGAAAGGCGAAGCAUAGCAUUACACCAUGCCUCAACUGGUAACUCUAUCGUGGACACAAAGCAAGAGGAAUAUGUCUAUGCUCGUCAGAUAAUGGCUGCUCCAGCUUCAUCACCCAAGUCUUGUUUAACAACAACAACAACAAGUUUCAGCAAUAACAUGUUGGAUUUUUCUUGUAACAAAGCCGAAGAAAGGCAACCACAUUUAGAUCGAUCUUCUGAGUGUAAUAGCAGCACUGCAACUGGUGGGACAUUGAAGAAAACUAGGGUUCAACCUUCUCAAUCUACCUUCAAGCUGAGGAAGGAGAAGCUGGGAGAUAGAAUUACAGCACUCCACCAUCUUGUUUCACCAUUUGGGAAGACUGACACAGCCUCUGUCUUGUUAGAGGCUAUUGGGUACAUUAGAUUCCUUCAGAGUCAAAUUGAGGCUCUCACCUUACCGUACAUGGGCAGUGGAUCAUCUGGAAACAUAAGGCAGCAACAACAGUCUGUAAGAAAGAAAAACACUAUGCCUUCCUUAAUUUCCCAGAAAAUAAAAGGACACAUUUCUCUCUAUUUCAACCUCUCUGCAUGUGAAUAUACAUUUGAUAGAUCUUGUGAUUAUGGGUUCAGUUGAAAUACCUAACAAUAAGGUAUUAUGUUCUCGAGAUGACAUUAUUGUAGAAUAUCCGAGAGUUUGACUCUCUAUCCUGUAAUGGGUACGGAGGAGCAUCUCAGAGGGAAGGGCAUGAUCUGAA